AUGCUGAGGGUGUCGAUCAAGUUCCGCAGGUUGCGAGAUCGAUUGAUGCGAUGCAACGCGAUAACUCUGUGCAUUGUUCUAGCGAUCGUUACGGUUACUGUGGUGAUUCGAGGGCUUACAAACGGAGAUGAGGACGAUUGGUUCAAGUUCUCGAAUGAGGAUAUCUCUGCUCCAUCGGAUUCUGUUUUCUUUGAAGGUUGUAUCGAUACGCAUGAGUAUUUGCGCGAUGAUCAGUAUCAGAAGAUGAAUGCUUCAUUUGUUAUGCUGACGAGGAAUGAAGAAUUGAAUGAUGUGAUAAAAAGUGUUAGAAGUAUAGAGGAGCAUUUCAACCAAUGGUUUCAGUAUCCUUAUGUUUUUCUUAACGACGUACCGUUUAGUGAAGAGUUCCAGACUAGAUUGCGUAGCGAGAGUCGGGCUUCAAUGGAGUUUGGAACAUUGAACAAACUCGAUUGGGAGUUUCCCGAGAAAAUACGUGAGUCGUUUGCAUUCCAACAUGCGCUUAAUGACCAAGGUGAUCGUGGGAUCAUGUAUGGUAGUGAAGAAUCUUACCACAAGAUGUGCCGUUUCUAUUCGGGACUUUUCUACAAGCAUCCGCUAGUGCAGAAAUUUGAGUGGUAUUGGCGUUUGGAACCCGAUGUCGAGUUCUUCUGCGAUAUAACAUAUGAUCCGUUUUUGGAGAUGGCUAGAACCAAUAAGAAGUAUGGUUUUACAGUGAUCUUGCCCGAGCUUUAUUGGACAGUAGCAAACUUGUUCCGUUAUACACGUAGCUUUAUUCGGCAGAACGAACUAAAAGUGGGGUCGCUAUGGAAUCUAUUCACGGAAAACUACCAGAUUCUAGAAACAGAAGAUUCUUUGUUGGCAAGCAGGGUCAACUGCGAUGAUGAUGUGGAACCCAGACUCUCAGAGAAAGUCGCCAUUGACCACAUGUUGGAUACUGGCAACCCCGAGGAUGAAAUGGGCCUAAGAUACCUAAUUGGACGGUCUAAAGCCAAAGCACCGAUACAGCCGGACAAGUUUGACGACCAAGAGUACAACUUGUGUCAUUUCUGGUCCAAUUUUGAGAUCGCCAGAGUAGACGUAUUCAACAACGAACUAUACAAUUCUUAUUUCCAAUACUUGGAAGAACAGGGUGGGUUCUGGCGUGAACGUUGGGGUGAUGCACCAGUUCAUUCCCUCGGCCUCGGAAUGUUACUGGACAUCGAAGACGUUCAUUAUUUCCGCGAUAUCGGUUACAGACACUCUACAAUCCAACACUGCCCAAAAAACAACCUCCAUGGUCAACUGCCCUACACUCCAGCCGAAAAACGUUUCUCUCGCCAUUCGUGGAACUCUCCAAGUGAAGGUUUCGAAACCGGUACGGGCUGUCGUUGUCGAUGCGACCGUCGGAAGUCCGACAUAGAAGACACAGCGUUCCAUUGUAUGGACCGUUGGACAGAAUUACUCUUGACAGAUCGAGAGCCACCAAUAAACGCUCUCGAAGUCGAACAAAGAAUCAAAUUCGACUACUUGCAUUCAAACUAA